AUGGCUUUCCUAAUUGAGAAUGGAGAAAAUUGGUCUACUACCGAGGAUCUAAUGCAGUACACCAACCUACCUUUUACUGACCGAUUAAUGAGGUUCCCCAUGCCAGGUAAUUUUAAGGUUCCUCGGAUUGGCAAGUAUGAUGGAAGUGGAGAUCCUUCCGACCACAUGGAGAGUUUCCGAGCUCAUAUCAUCCUUCAUGAAACUCCUAACGAAAUUGCUUGCCGAGCUUUCCCUUUAACUUUGAAGGGAGUUGCAAAGGAGUGGUUCGGAAGUCUGAACCCUAAAUCUGUUGAUAGUUUCGAUUAUCUUGGACAGCAAUUCCUGGGUCAAUUUCUUGCCUCUAGAAGAAGAAAGAAGAACCCGACAUAUUUGUUAUCUCUCAUGCAGGGAAAAGACGAAUCUUUGAAAGAUUAUUUGUCGCGAUUCAAUCGAGAGAAGUUGACAGUGGAGAGUACUGACGAGCAAAACAUUCUAUCAGCAUUGAUGCAUGGUAUACAGACUAAAGGGCCUCUGAUGGCCGAGUUGUCCAAAAGGCCAAAGACGGGAACUUUACGACAAUUUAACAGUAAGGCCGAGGAAUUCAUCAACCAAGAAGAGACUAUCUCGGCGUUGCUGAAAUCUAAAGUUGCCAAGAGAAAAUCUGCUGCUGAUCCAGUUAUGACAAAUCCGAGAGUUAUAAUCGAAAAGAAGAAGAAGGACGGCCAAGAUCCUAAGAUUCAGGAUAAAAAGGUCGGUCUGCUACCUCGUCCGAACCAGCAUCAACAAUAUGUGGGAUGGACACCUUUGAAUACAACUGUUUAUAAGGUGUUCAUGGAGAUUAAAAAGGACCCGAACUUUCGAUGGCCAGGAAGGAUGAAAUCUCCUCCCCAGCGCCGCAGUACUCAAAAAUUUUGCGAGUAUCAUAAUGAUCAUGGGCAUCAAACCGAGGAUUGUAUCAGUCUUCGGUUCGAGAUUGAAAAAUUUCUGAGAAAUGGGAAGUUGCUAAAUUUCUUGGCCAAAGAGAAUAGCAAAGGAAAGAACAUUCAAGGUGGACAGGGACAACAUUCAGGUCAGAUCGAUGAUCUGUCACGCAACCAGAGGCAGAGGUGUGAUGAACCGAGGGUUUCGCAAAAUCAGCAGCAAAAUCCUCAGAACCAAGCUAUCAUUGGCGAGAUUCGCACCAUCUCAGGAGGUCUGGCUAGCGGAGGAGAAUCAAGCUCGGCAAGGAAGGCUUACGCCAAGCAGGCUAGAAUGGAAGAAAUCUUCGCGCUGGAAAAACCCUCCAAGAUUUAG